AUGCCCUUCCUCAAAUCUACGGACCCACCCGAAAAUGCAUUCGAGCAAUUGGUGCGCGAUCUCAGCGAAACCCUAGGCCCAAGCUCGGGCCUCGACUCCGCGGAUGUCGACCCUCUGGACAUCCAGCGUCUCAUGGCAUGCUACGCCUCAAACCCAGAGGAAUGGCAGGAUUUUGCCCUCGGUGAUUCCAGUAGGACGUAUACUAGGAAUCUCAUCGAUGAAGGAAAUGGGAAAAGCAACCUUCUGAUACUAGUUUGGACUCCUGGCAAAGGUAGUCUGAUCCACGACCAUGCCGAUGCUCACUGCGUCAUGAAGAUCCUCAGAGGCUCCGUCCAAGAAACCCUCUACUCCUGGCCCGACCAGAACAGGAUCAAACACGGAGAGACCUCCCCUCCGCAGAUCAAGAAGGUGACCACAUACAAUGAGAACGAGGUGACAUACAUGUCUGACAAGGUUCGCAUCCCUCCUAAAGCGCGUAAAUCAAACACCCAACACCCUGAUCUAACCAUACCGGAUGAACAACCAGCUGGGUCUUCACAAAAUCUCAAAUCCCGACCCCCACAACUUCGCCAUUUCGUUGCAUCGUACGUAGCAACCCCAUCUCAUGCAUAG